CGCAGUUGAAAGUGUCGAACGAAACCGCUCACUGCUCACUCGCGCCGCGGACUCCGACGAUGGCUGUUGUGCAUCAAAUUAGGACUAACGGUAUAUUUUUAUUGUUAUUUUCGUUGAUAAUAACGUGUGCCGCGUCACCGCCAUGGAUAUUAUCAGUGUCGGUCAAUAAUUAUACGUGUUCUGAUGUGUGUGUGUACGAUAUUAGCGUGGACUCUUUAAAUGAAUGGUCGUUAACCUACAAAUACGUGCCGCGCGGUGAUCUUUGCGAGACAGUUGUGUCUGAAAGUGCGAAGUACUCGAAGAAUAUUAUCGUCGAAGUGCCGAAAACGAUCGAGAAGGUUUACUUCUGCGUUAAAAGUGCAGACGGGGUUUGGUUAAGUCAAGGAGACGAAGUAUUUUUAGACAAGAAUGACGUCAUACGAACAGAGUCAAAACGAGACGCGGAGAAUGAGGUCUCCGAAGACUCAUACCCGGAAUUUUUGGAGGGGGAGGAUCUGUUCGAAUACCCGGCCGAGUUGAGCCGACAGAAACGUCAGAUGAUGGUGAACAACACGAUCGUGCCGAAGCUGUUGGGUUUGAGGGUGGAGCUUGCGGAGAAACCGAAGAUCGUCGAUGACAUGGUGCCGUCGGUGCUACGGGAAACUGAGUUCACCAUGAGAUUAUUCGGAAAGGACUUCACCAAUAACACGAUAAUUGCAUUCACCCAUAACCCAGAUGACUACAUGAAACCCUGCGACCAUCUACUGAAAGGGGAAUAUAAGGCUGAAAACGCCGACGAAGAGUCAGCUCUAUUCAGACUGAUAGCCCCCCCACCUCUAGAAGACUACAUCUUCUACAUCUGCGCGAAGAAUUCGCCCCAAGACUCGUUCGUUCACCAAGGCCCAGAAAAAUGGAAGGUUUUGGCCACACACAACAAACUCCUACCGCUGUGGGCCUCGCUGAUCCUAAUUGUGAUACUGCUGAUGUUGGCCUCGCUCUUCUCCGGUCUGAAUCUCGGUCUGAUGGCGUUGGACCGAACCGAAUUGAAGAUCAUCGCGAACACGGGCACAGAGAAAGAGAGGAAGUACGCGAGAGCCAUUAUGCCGGUCAGGGCCCACGGGAACUAUCUCCUCUGCACGAUCCUGCUCAGCAACGUGGCCGUGAACAGCACGUUUACGGUCAUCCUGGACGAUCUGACGUCUGGGCUGGUGGCGGUCAUCGGUUCGACCUUGGCGAUCGUGUUCAUAGCCGAGAUAACGCCGCAAGCCAUCUGCGCUAGACACGGCCUGCUGAUCGGAGCGAAGAGUAUCUGGAUCAUGAAGAUCGUCAUGGGUAUCUGCGCUCCACUCGCCUGGCCGACCAGCAAACUCCUGGACUACUUCCUGGGCGAAGAAAUCGGCACUCAUUACAACAGGGAAAGACUAAAGGAACUAGUCAGGGUCACGAACCACGUUAACGAUUUGGACAAAGAGGAGGUGAACAUCAUCUCCGGCGCCCUGGAUCUUCGCAAGAAGACCGUCAAAGACGUGAUGACGAAGCUCAAGGACUGCUUCAUGCUGCCGAUCAACAGCGUCCUAGACUUCGAGACCAUGUCCGAAAUCGUCAAAUCUGGCUACUCCCGCAUCCCGGUGUACGAGGGUCACCGCGGGAACAUCGUGACGGUGCUCUUCAUCAAGGACCUCGCCUUCGUCGACCCCGACGACAACACGCCCCUGAGGACCCUCUGCCAGUACUACCAGAACCCUUGCAACUUCGUAUUCGAAGACGUCACCUUGGAUGUCAUGCUGAAGCAAUUCAAAGAAGGGCACAAAGGUCACAUGGCGUUCGUCCAGCGCAUCGAGGAAGGCGAUGGGGAUCCCAUAUACGAGACAGUAGGCCUGCUGACCCUGGAAGACGUCAUCGAGGAAAUGAUCCAGGCAGAGAUCGUGGAUGAGACCGAUGUCUUCAGCGACAACCGUACCAAGAAGCGCUUGACCCGGCCCGUCAAUAAAUUCCAAGAUAUAGGAGCCUUCAUGGGUCACCAGGAGCACCAGCGUGUCCACGUGUCCCCGCAGCAGGUGCUAGCCACCUUCCAGUUCUUGAGCACGAGCGUGGACCCAUUCCGUCCUGAGAUGAUCUCAGAGACGGUGCUCCGUCGGCUGCUGAAGCAAGACGUCAUACAACACAUCAAGCUGAAGGGAGAUGAGGAUAAGAACGACAUCAAACGCUUCGUUUAUCAGGAGGGGAAGCCGGUGGAUUAUUUCGUGCUGAUCCUGGAAGGUCGCGUGGAGGUGACCGUCGGAAGGGAGAACCUGGUUUUCGAAGCUGGACCUUUCACUUACUUCGGAGUGCAAGCUCUGACCCAGAACGUGGGACUAGCGGAGGCUCCUGCACCAUCGACCCUCGGCUCCCUGCAGAACCUCAACAUGGACUCGAUGCUGCGCCACACCUUCGUACCCGACUACUCAGUCAAGGCCAUCGCUGAACUAUACUACCUCACCAUCAAACGGUCAAUGUACUUAGCGGCUAAACGCGCCACGCUCAUGGAGAAGGGGGUGCUCAACAAGGGCGGCACCAAUGAGCAGAUCGAACCAGAAGUGGAUAAGUUGCUUCGCGAAGGCGAUAGGAUCGAGGAGGUCCGGGAGAACGAGGAGUCGCCCAAAUCACAGUUCGUACCCUCAUCGGCGAGUCCUCGCACCAACUCGACCUUCAAGUCUCUCCUCGACAAAGAAGCAGCUGAAGAGGAAGAAAAACUACUAAAAAAGUAGAAUCGCCGUCGUCCAAAAACAUAGCAACACCGAAAUAGAACACGACAACAAAAUAAAUUAGCAAUAUCUGCCUUUCUGAUCGAGUCAAAUUUUGAAUCAACGUGUAUUUAAACCUUCGACUCCUGUGUAGGUCACCGGUGACCUACGCGGCGCCCUCAAGCAAUUGAAGACAUGAGCGGAUGAAGGGGAUAUGAUACAAUUUGUUAAUUUUUGAGAAAAACCGACAACAGACUUGUUACUUGUACUUUUUCUUCGUACAUAUACUGAGACCUUAUAUCUAUAGAACUUAUAUCUCAAGGUGGGUGGCGCGUUUACGUUGUAGAUAUCUAUG